AACGUUUGGAAAUAUUGAAUAAUGCGAUUCGACAUCUUAUUUGAAAGUUUUGUUUUUAUUGUGUGGUCUGUAAAGGCAAAUGAGACGGAUUCCGAUCUUUAUAUUAGGCUUCUGAAACUAGAAAAACUGUUUCAAAGACAAGAAAUUCAAAUGAAUGACCUUACGGUGACUGUUGAUCAACAACAGAGAGAAAUAAACCGACUUAAUCAAAUUAUAGACUCGCGAAAUGACGAGAGUAUACACAUGAAUGUUGUGAACGUUCGUGAAAAGUCGCAAUCUGGAGUGGAUACUUUCCUAAAUACAAGUGACACAAUUAAACGAAGCAAAUAUAAUGCGGAAAGACAAAUCAUCAGAUCCAAACGAUUAUUAGUUGGAGAAAACAUACCAGCGCAGCCAUCUACAAUUGCUUUUUAUGCUUACCUUAGUAAGGACGAAUACAACAUUGGAACGCACCAUGGGCUAGUUUUUGAUGCUGUCAUAACAAAUUACGGAAAUGGAUACAAUAAACAUAUCGGAGCAUUCGUCGCACCACAGUCUGGAGUAUAUGUAUUAGCUCUUACAAUUUUUCCAAAUAGGGGAACACUAACUGCAGUUCACAUUUUACGCAAUAGCGAUGUUGUUGGUGAUAUAUUUGCCGACAUGAGAGGAACAAGCGUCUAUACAUUAAGUGGAUCAACAGGGAUAGCUGUCGUCACCAUGAACAAAGGGGAUUCCGCAUCUGUAAGAACAAGUUCCGUCCAUCCAUCGACAGGCGCCUUUAUCAGCGAUUCAAACAUGAAAACAUCUUUUGCAGGUUGGAAAAUUGGAGAUUUGUAAUAACGUCUGAUGAGGAAAUCUGCAUCUUUAUAUAAAAUAAAAUUAAUCUGUUAAAUCGUAAUUGUACAGGUUAUUCUGUUAAGUAAUGUUUUAGAAAAGAGGAUCG